AUGGAGCUUCCCAAUAAUCAAGCUCAAGAAGGAUCUUCUCAGAAGAAAAUGGGAAGAGGGAAGAUUGAAAUCAAACGGAUCGAGAACACCACAAACAGGCAAGUCACCUUUUGCAAGCGCCGCAACGGGUUGCUGAAGAAAGCCUAUGAAUUAUCAGUGUUGUGUGAUGCUGAAGUUGCUCUUGUUGUCUUCUCAAGCCGUGGUCGUUUGUAUGAGUAUGCCAACAACAGUGUUAGAGCAACUAUUGAAAGGUACAAAAAGGCAUGUGCUGCUUCCUCAAAUGCAGAAUCUGUGUCUGAAGCUAAUACACAGUUUUACCAGCAAGAAUCAUCCAAAUUGAGAAGACAAAUUCGAGAUAUUCAGAAUUUAAACAGGCACAUCCUUGGUGAAGCACUUGGUUCCCUGAGUCUUAAGGAGCUAAAGAACCUCGAGGGUAGGUUGGAGAAAGGUUUAAGCAGAGUUAGAUCUAGAAAGCAUGAAACCUUGUUUGCUGAUGUUGAGUUUAUGCAAAAGCGGGAAAUUGAGCUGCAAAACCAUAAUAAUUAUCUGCGAGCUAAGAUAGCUGAGCAUGAGAGAGCUCAGCAACAGCAACAGAAUAUGAUGUCAGGAACUCUGUGUGAGUCCCUUCCUUCACAACCAUAUGACCGCAAUUUCUUUCCUGUAAAUCUAAUAGGUCCUGAUCAUCAAUAUUCACGUCAAGACCAAACUGCUCUCCAACUAGUGUAA